AUGGGUGGUGAUUUUCUCCAAGAACGCAAGAAGACGAGCACACAUGAUUUCUUGCCAAUCCUGUACAACUGUGAAAAGAAAAUAACACAAGCGAAGAAAGGGACAAUGGUUGGGUCCAAGUUCAUGAAUGUGGCAACAAAGCUUUAUGAGGCAACAGGAAUGCAAAGAUGGCUACCCACAAAACCACAAUCUGAAUUCAUGUCCAAAUCCAGACAUGAUCAUGUCGAUGGUGGCUAUAAUAUGCCUAAUGAACCAAUCACAAUCGACCAAAAUUACAUUUCUUGGUUGAAAGAACACCCUUCUGCUCUUACCUCAUUCCAACGAAUGAUCAAUGCAUCAAAGGGGAAACAAAUAGUCGUCUUCUUAGAUUAUGAUGGCACAUUGUCACCCAUCGUCAGUGACCCAGAGCGUGCCUUCAUGACUGAUCAGAUGCGUACAGCUGUUGGAGAUGUAUCGAAUCACUUCCCAACAGCUAUAAUCAGUGGGAGAAGUCGCGAAAAGGUUUUUGAUUUUGUUAAGUUAAAAAAGGUGUACUACUCAGGGAGUCAUGGGAUGGAUACGAUGGGACCUGCUCCCAAGAAUGUGUCUUAUGAUAACAAGUAUCUACAUAAAAUAUCAGAUAACGAGGGGAAUGAUUUCGUCGUCUUCCAACCAGCUCAGGAUUUUCUAUCGAUAAUCGAGAAGAUGCUAAUCGAGGUCAAGGAGAGAACACGAAACAUAAAAGGGGUGACUAUUGAGGACAAUAGAUUUUGUCUUUCUGUUCACUACAGACAUGUGAAGGAUGAGGAUUACGGAAGAGUGGAGUCGGAAGUGGAGUCGGUGCUUGCAAAGAAUCCAGGGUUCCACGUGACGAAAGGCAACAAGGUGUUGGAAAUCCGGCCGUGUAUCGGCUGGAACAAAGGCGAUGCUCUUAAGUAUCUUCUCGACACUUUGGGGUUUCACAAUUCCACUAGUAGUAGUAAUCAUGUCUUCCCCCUUUACAUCGGAGACGAUACUACAGAUGAGGAUGCUUUCAAGGUUUUGAGGGAAGGAGGUAUGGAAGGGUACCCAAUAAUAGUAUCAUCCACACCAAAAGAGACAAUGGCUUUGCACUCACUUCGUAACCCAUCGGAGCAGUGGUAUAUAAAUACAAAAACUAUAACAAUUUAA